AUGAACACUGCUGACAUCGAGCGCCUCAAGGCACACGUGGCCGAGCUCGAACAACAACUCCAAGCCACCAAAGCCGUUCUCAAACGAGCAGAAGCAUCUCAGCUCUCCAGCCAAGAUGCACGAACCACCACAGUCACCACACUACCACUAAGCUCAUCACUGCACAAUCUCCUCCUCCUAUCUGAUUCCGCUCUCCCACUGGGAUCAUUCGCAUACUCCAGUGGCCUGGAGAGCUACCUGGCACAUCACAAAGGCAGCAGCAAUGUCAGCAGCAGCACCAGCACCACCCUCUUCAAUCAAUUCCUGAAGCUGUCCGUGCAAUCCAUGGCACACACGCAAAUACCUUAUGUACUUGCCUGUUUCCGUGACCCGUUAGCGCUGAUGGAUCUGGAUAACGAUCUUGAUGCUAGCACGCCUUGUACGGUACAGCGCCGAGCCAGCGUUGCGCAGGGUCGAGCCCUGCUCAAUGUGUGGGAGAGAGCUUUUAAACUCACUGCACAGCGAAGCUCCGUUAACACGGAAGAUGAUGGUCGCGAGGCAGCGGCAGCACUGAGCACCUUCUCCGCCGAUCUCAAGGCUUCCGCAAUCUCAGAUGUACCUCUCCCUGUAAAUGGUCAUCUAGCACCUCUCUGGGGCUGCGUCGCACUGAACUUAGGUAUGAACCUCGAAGAAGCAGGGUAUAUCUUCCUUCUCAACCACGCCAAAGCAGUGAUUAGCGCAGCCGUUAGAGCCUCAGUGAUGGGCCCAUACCAGGCUCAAAGUACAUUAGCUGGAGAGGCAUUGCAAAGAUUGGUCAAGGAAAGCUUGGAAAGAGUUUGGUUUUUGCAACCUGAAGACGCCGGACAAGCCGUGCCGACUUUGGAUCUGUGGCAGGGCAGGCACGAACUGCUUUAUAGUAGGAUCUUCAAUUCAUAA